ACUAUUUUCCGUGGAAAAUUAUGUUGUUAUCUGCGAAAAUCACUCUUUUGAUUGCUGCAUCCAUUGGAUUGGUUAUCACUUUGGUUCCAAUAAUUCAGUAUGACUAUCUUUGGCGUCGCCCACCAAUCGAGUUGGUCGACGCCUGCAACUUACAGAUAGCCGCGCUGUGCACUUACAUCGUCCUGAUCGUAUUUAUUAGCCUCAGCAGCUUGUUACCCAUCAAGGACAAGUUUGUCCUGCUUGCAUACUUCUUUUUUGGACUUUUAGCAACAAGCCUAGAAGUGGGAGCGUAUAUUGCAGUUGCGUAUCCCAAUUUCCGCAACCGACCGCUGCCCACAAUCACUGAAUGGACGUUCGGUGGGAUCUUCGCAACACUUCCCCUGCUGUUUGGCACGAUACUCAUUGCCGCAUACGACGUGUACGGUUUGAUCCAACGAUAUGAAUAGAUGUUCCAAUGGCCAAUGGAUACUCUCCAACGAAUCAAGGUGAACUCAUUACACCAUAUAUUUGUUUUACGAAUCGGG